CUGAGCGCAGCAUCCACCCACCACAGCAUCCUGCAUGAUGACUGCGCGUCAACGGGGACGCAAAAGACGGACGACGCGUUAAAAGACCCUCGGUGAGCGGGAAAAGCGUGACACGGGAGGAGUGGGAGACGAGGAAUCUCUGGUGUCUGUCUGAGGACCACUGCAGCAGCACUAAAUCUGGGGCUGUCAGACCAACCCUCAGCAGAGCCGGAAGCGCUGAGCUCAUCACUCUGCGAGGCGGCAAUGGGAUCCCCAGGAGCAGCUCUAACUUCACAGAGGAAAACAGGACUUCCCUUCUCGGAGGCGUGAAAAGAACACCCAAGUUUGGAAAGUCCGGUAGAGGAUCUGCCGGUGCUGCACUGCGACCGAGGCGAGCAGCCCGUGCUGUCGUCCUCCCCAUCCUGGUGAAUGUCUUCUCCACUGCUCAGCAGUUGAACACACUCAUGGUCGAUGCCAAGGGAAGGAACAUGAAAUGUCUGACUUUCUUCUUAAUGCUCCCUGAGUCCGUCAAAAGCAAGUCCAGCAAAAGCUCCAAGAAGGGGAACGCCAGCGGGAGCUCAAAGCUGCCCCCGGUCUGUUAUGAGAUUAUCACUCUGAGGAGCAAGAAGAAGAAGAAGAUGGCAGCGGACAUAUUUCCCACCAAAAAGCCGGAGCCCGCCGCCACGACCACCGUGCAACAGUACCAGCAGCAGAACCUGAACAACAACAACACCAUACACAACUGCAACUGGCAGGGACUCUACUCCACUAUCAGAGAACGAAAUUCCGUAAUGUUCAACAAUGAGCUGAUGGCAGAUGUUCACUUUGUGGUGGGCCUGCCAGGAAGGACCAAGCGGCUGCCAGGGCACAGAUAUGUCUUGGCAGUGGGCAGCUCUGUGUUUCAUGCCAUGUUUUAUGGAGAACUGGCUGAAAACGAUGAUGAGAUCCUUAUUCCAGAUGUAGAACCACCAGCAUUUCUGGCAAUGUUAAAGUACAUCUACUGUGAUGAGAUUGACCUGAGUGCCGACACAGUGCUAGCCACUCUCUACGCUGCCAAGAAGUACAUCGUACCCCACCUGGCACGUGCCUGCGUAAACUUCCUGGAGACCAGCCUGAGCGCCAAGAACGCCUGCGUGCUCCUCUCCCAGAGCUGCUUGUUCGAGGAGCCCGAGCUGACUCAGCGUUGCUGGGAAGUGAUCGACGCCCAAGCUGAGUUGGCGCUACGCUCUGAGGGCUUCUGCGACAUCGACUCCCAGACCCUGGAGAGCAUCCUCCAGCGAGAGACACUCAACGCUAAAGAGAUUGUUGUCUUUGAGGCGGCACUGGGCUGGGCUGAAGCUGAGUGUCAGAGACAGGAGCUCACAAUGUCCACUGACAACAAGCGUAAGGUUUUGGGCAAGGCCAUGUACCUGAUACGCAUCCCCACCAUGGCUCUGGAUGACUUUGCUAAUGGAGCAGCCCAGUCAGGCGUGCUGACGCUUAACGAGACCAAUGACAUCUUCCUUUGGUACACAGCUGCCAAGAAGCCUGAACUUCAAUUUGUCAGCCAGCAGAGGAAAGGCCUGACACCCCAGCGCUGCCACAGGUUCCAGUCCUGCGCCUACCGGAGCAAUCAGUGGCGUUACCGAGGCCGCUGUGACAGCAUACAGUUUGCCGUGGACAAACGGGUUUUCAUCGCUGGGUUCGGACUCUACGGCUCCAGCUGUGGGUCGACAGAAUACAGCGCGAAAAUAGAGCUCAAACGUCAAGGGGUGCUGAUGGGACAGAACCUGAGCAAAUACUUCUCGGACGGAUCCAGCAACACUUUCCCUGUGUGGUUUGAGUACCCGGUGCAGAUCGAGCCCGAUACCUUCUACACCGCCAGUGUGGUUCUGGACGGGAAUGAGCUGAGCUACUUCGGACAGGAAGGGAUGACAGAGGUGCAGUGUGGGAAGGUGACAUUUCAAUUCCAGUGCUCGUCAGACAGCACUAACGGCACUGGGGUGCAAGGAGGUCAGAUUCCCGAGCUUAUCUUCUACGCCUGACAAUUUGAGAAAAAAACAUCACUUUGUGUAGCAUAGCUUGUUAUUUAUUUUUUUGCCCAUUAUUGUUAUCUAGUGUCUUUUUGAAUGGUCCACUCGACGAGGGCCAGAUGUAUGUCUUAGACGUCGGCGUGUACAAUAAUGCAGAUGGAAAUAUAUCUUGCACUAGAUGUGCAUGUACAUAUGAAUAUAUGUAAAUUCUUAAAUGUAUAUGUCGACACACUCGUGGCUGAGGCUGGCCACAGACAAUGUCUAUGCUGAAUAGCUACACUUAUUAUUUUCGAAGUUUACAUAGAAUGCACAUAGAGCAUACAGCAGCAAUAACAUCACGGUAUGUAUUCUUUAAUGAGUAUUUCAGUCUGUAGUUGGCAUUAUAAUGGAUGGAAACAUGAAUAUACACUUAUAGUCAAAAGCACUGUGUUUAACUCAUCAAGCUUUUGUAGUUAAGUGGUUGUGCUGCUUUUUGGUACUUUUAGUAUACUAAUGAUGCAGGGUCUUAGAGUAGGAAGUACUAUGAGACGCUUAUUUCUCUCUGUAGCAUGUUACUCUGCACUUACAAUCAUAACUCCAUCACUGUAUGCACAUACUUUCAAAAAAGAGGAAAAAUUGUGAAUAUAAAAAAAAAACGUACUUGAAGUGAUCCCUUUUCACCUUUUAUAGGUUUAUCUCCUGUUUUGUUUCUUCUCCGACUGCCUCACAGUUACUUACAGCACAGGCAGAAGAGUUUGAUUCACUCUGUGUGCUGCUAAUUGUUCUCGCACCUUGGCUUUGUCUCACAGGACCAGGAUCAAUGAUGGACUGUGUUGCAGAGAAAAGAAGCUACCGGUAUAUUAUGUUAACUGAGUGUUGCAGGAUGGCACUGAUGUUGCUUUCUAAUCAAAUGUUUUACUUUGUUUAAGCGGUUCUUUUUUGUUUUUAUUUUUUUUAGGAUGAGAAUUGAAAACUAGUAAAAGUUAAGCAUUCGUGGGUUGGUUCUGCCGAAGACAAUGGAUGGUGUUCAAGUAUUGUGUUUACAUGCUUGGAGACCGUUGAAUGUGUUUUGUUGUUGACGAUGCAAAUAAACAAAAACAAGAGGUACUCUUGUUUGUGAUCUUCUGUAAAAAAAAAAAAAAAAAGAUAAACAAUUACAGCA